AUGUUUCGUCGUUAGCACGUUCGGAACGUAAUCCAGUGACACCUCUCGGACAGAUCGGAUCCGAGCGGCAAGGCUGGGCCCGAGACAGUUGAUGUGUGUGUUUUCCCUGACAAACGUCGAAGACAUUUUUUCUCAGCAAGACGAAAUAGAUCGUAGCUCCAUCUUCCGUAGCUCGGUUCGGGCUUUUCGGUACACCCUCGAAAGCACACGCGGGGCCAGCUCCGUAACCGUUGCGCAUUUCGCCCCGUAGCGGUAGGGGUGGAAAAUUCGCGCUGCCGCAAACAGGCCCGCAGUAGGGGAAAGUGAUUGUUGCGGUGGUUCUUAUAAGUACGGUCGGCGCACCGGAGUGGAAGGUUAUUUUCCGUGCAUCUACUGACAAGGUCGGAUCGUAGCUGUGGAGAUAGAGAGAGAGAGUGUGUGUGCGUGUGUGUAAAACGGUGCGCAAGUGCAGUUAAGCGAUUUGACAGAGAGCGCGAUUUGCGGAAACCGAUCUGUGUUUGUGUGGAGUGAAGCGAUCAGCCGAAAUCAAGUGUCCAUCAGUGGUGAAGUUUUUGCUUAUCGAGAGCUUGCAGUUUAAAAAUCCAGCCCAGUUUAUCAACAUGAAGUUGCUUAUAGUGAUCGCAACCUGCCUGCUGGGAGCUGCUACCCUGCUCCAGGCUUCCCCCCUCAAACAGAGCACACCCCGUGCCCUCGUCACCAGCCGAUCGGACGUGGUAACACCGGAAGCGACCAAAGACAAACCGCAGUACAUGAUCCACGUAAUGCCGAAGGACGAGGAGCUGGAGGAGCUAUCGAAGUUGGUCGAUUUUUUCGCGAAUGGGGAGACCGGCUCGCCCAGCGGAUCAACCGGCUCUCCCCACACGACCUCCUACGGUUCCUAUAGCCCGUCCCGGGACGAUCUAACCGAACCGCUGCUUCCGCCCCCGGUCGAACAAAGCGAACCGAACUACUACGCCGCCAAGCCAAAGAAAACCAAGGGCAAAAAGUACAGUCCGACCCAGAAGCUCAUCAACCUGAAGCACACCGAUGCGGUGGAAAAGAAUGCGAAUGAGAAAUCGCGCCAGGGCAACAGUGAUAAGGCGCGGCACGAAUCGAGCGAAGAGGAGGACACCUUCUUCCUGGACGCGAUCGAUCUCGACCGGCUGCUGGCCAGUGCGCUGCUCGGUGAGCAGGACGCACGGUCGGAAGCGACGGCCGGUUCGGCCCGUUCGCUUUUGCCGCUGCGACUGGACGAGCUGAACCGGGGCGAGUUUGUGCCGAGCCGUAACCGUCGGGUGGAUCAGUACACGCGUCGCGUUGCCGGAGAGGAUGAAGGUGCUAGAAUCGAUUUUCAAAUGCAUGGUCACCAUGGGCCUAACAGCUACAAGUUUGGCUAUGACACGGGUGAAGGGAAGAAUCGUCAGUUCCACGUAGAGGAACGCGAUAGCAAGGGUAAUGUUCGGGGCCGCUACGGUUACUACAUGCGAUCGGGCAAGUUUCGUAUCGUCAACUACAGCUCCUCUCCAGAGACGGGCUUCAGGAUAGAGCCAUAAAAGCCAGCACGGACGGACACCCUCUGCCUGAACACAAAUCAUCAUUAGUUACCUGUUUUAGUGUUUUAUUUAUUACUUACUUACUUACGUUACAAGCAUUCUGCAUCUUUCCGUCACCAAGCGUUUUGCGUAUUAAUUGUUUUUUUCAUAGCCAUUUGUCCCUUUCAUUCAUGGCCACACAAAGAGGAGAGUGAGAAGAAGAAAGCCAAAUAAAAUUAGUUCAAUUAAUUAAAUCA